AUGGUAGAAAUAGGUUUGGGAGUUAAAAUUUUAUUCUUAUGGAUUUUUCUAGAGCUUAAUAGAAUUUUCUGAAAUUUAUGUGCCGAAAAUACAACUAAUGCUUAGAAUUUUAUUUUGUAAUAUCUUUUAUAAUUUUAAUUGAUUUUUUUAAAAAUACAAAAGAACAACAAUAAAUAAUAAUAAAAUAACUUACCUUGGCGGUUCACGGUCGGGUUAGGGGGCGGGCGGCUGCGCAAUCGCAAAUCUCCCGUGACUGUUUCCAGACUUAACUGAAAUUUAGGACUUUCGGUUACGUCUGAAAAGGUAGAGAGAGAGAGGGCAACGGGCACGCAAGGACCAGCAGCGAGCGCACGGUGGCUGGCGAUAGGCGGCGGCGGUGGCCGGCGGACGUGCGGCGGUUGGCGAUGGGCACGCAGCAGUGGUCAGCGGAUGCGCGGCUGCUGGCGAUAGGUGGCAGCAGUGGUCGGCGGACGAGAGAGACGAGGAGCGGUGGAGUGGCGGAUCACAACGGCGAUGGAUGAGGAAAUGGAUGAUCUCUUUUUUUGUGACUUUUUUGGAAGGGCUAACUAGAGAGAGAAAGGAUGACCUCGAGAGAAAAAAAAACACGAAUCCUAAAGAGAACAAGUGGACGAAAUGGUGGGAUAGAGAGAGAAAACGAAGGAAAAAUGAAAGGGAAAUGGUGAGAGGCGAUGGAGAUGAAGAGAAAUGAUGAUUUGAUGCAAACCUAAGUUCCUAAAAAAAACCUAGUACUCAUUUCUUGAGCCCUCAAUGCGUCCUCUCAAGUUCGGAUCCUUAUAUUCCGCUAGGAUCAGACGUUUUCUUCUAAAUCAAAGAAGAGAGAAGAUUGAAUGAUUACUUCAAGAAACUUACACCAAGCAAGGAGAAUCCUUGGACCUUGGAGAGCCUUGUCCUACUGGCCAGCCUCUUGCUAGAGCACGUCUAGAACGACUCAAGAGAGAGAGAAGAGAAGAGUUUUUAUAUAAGGACAAGUAUGACUAAAAUGCCCCUUCAUAAUUCCCUAAUCUCUCUCCAAGAAUUUCGAAAUCUCUUCCUUUAGAAUGGAUUUAGGAAGGUCUAAAUGGGCCUGGACAUGGACCCAAAACCUCUUCUAAUUCUCUUUUAAGCUUCAGAACCGAAAUUCCUCCAAAGUACUCCUAGCAUAUGAAGCUAACUUUCAUCCACUAAAGUGCUCCUAAUUUAUUGCUGAUUUCUAUUAAAUUUUGCACGCAUGAAAACUUGAAAAUAUUUGUUAGUAAUAAAACUAUUUAACUUCAUAGAAGUCAAUCAGGGUUAGUCAAAAUCAUGCAAAAUUCAUGCGUAGUGUGUAAAUAGUGAAAUUAAUGCAAAUCUAGGAAUAUUUAAAUAAUUCUAUUAAUAGCAUGAUAUUUUCAUGAUUUAAAUAAACAAAAAUCAUAUAAAAUGUAAGGAAUAAUCAACACAAAUAUCAUGUUAUUAGUCAUCCAACUCGCUUCUAUCUGAGUGUUCUUCUCUCUCAUCGUAAAUUAGGCAUGAUCUCUCUACUAAUUGGAUGUUUUUAACCCCUUUCUCUAUGGUGAUCUCGAGGAGCAAGUCUUCAUGGAGCAACCUCCAGGAUAUGUUACUUAAGGGGAGUCAUCUAAUGUGUGUUCCUUAUGAAAGGUGAUUUACAGGCUCAAGUAGAGUCCACAUGUUUGAUUAGCCAAGUUUAGUAGUCUUCUCACCACAUUUGACUUCUCAUCAUGCGUUGCAGAUCUCACUAUACUCACAAAGAAGAUUGAGGGUGGCCUAGUCAUUCUUGUAGUUUACAUCAUCAACAUUCUUAUGACUAAGAGUAAUGAGGCCGACAUUCAUUUGACCAAAGUUUAUUUGUAACAGCAUCUCAACAUCUGUGACUUAGGGACUCCAAGAUAUUUUCUUAAGAUUGAGUUUGCAUACCUAGAUAGAAAGCUCAUCAUAACCCAGCGAAAGUAUGCUUUUGACAUGCUUUAAGAGACUAAACUCCUUGGGUGCAAGUUGAGACUUUGUCCAUAGAGGCUUGUCUACAAUUCUAGGAUACUUCCUCUCUACUCUUUGAGAAUGUUAAUUAGUAUAGACGAUUGUUGUGCAAGUUGAUAUAUCUCACCAUCACUUGUCUUGAUAUUGUGUAACAUAGUCAUCACCGUGUCGAAGCCUAUUCUAAUGUUGGGUAUGCAAGUGACAAGGGUGACCAAAAGUCUACUAUAGGUUACUACACAUAUGUCGGAGGUAACCUCAUCACUUAGCAGUCUCAAAAAUAGAGGGUGGUGUCUUACUCCAACAUAG